AUGGAUUGGGCCGUUCAUCUGGGACUCUUGGUCCUACUCAUCGGCUUGGGCACACGGGCACAACCAGCUUGUCCAAAUGGCUACCGGUGGGAAACUGGUAACUUUGAUGACUCGGCGGUGGCUCAAGGGAAAUUUGUUGGUUAUCUCAACUACAUCGAUUCAUGUUACGAGUCUUGCCGCAUAGCUUAUGGCUUGCCACAAUGCGUGAACGGUAACGUGGUCUUUGACUCGGAGCGACGGGAAAAUACUUCAAUUCCUAACGCUGAAAUCAUCGAACAAUGCAAGGACACGUGGAAAGCGAAAGUGAUCCUAAUGGCUAAAGAAAGUGUAAGAUGUUUGGAAAAACAUUUACACAAA